CACGUUGUCGUGUGUUAUUACACUGUAAGUAAAGUGCAUUAGUCAUCGGUCGUAUAACCGUAUGCGGACUGGAAUCAUUGGUGUCGGUUAUCGGUCAGUUAUCGAUCAAGCCCUCCGCCCUGCACCUCUCAUUGAAAGGACACCGCUGUGGAUUGUUUGGGUCUACAGAUGUUUAGUCCAUUAUAAUGCAAGAUGCAUGCUGAUGCUCGGAAGAAGCUGCUCGACUGCGUGUUAUUCGUCACUUUAAUCGCCUCCACCUACUGAAAAUAGCCGUAAACAGCUGAAAAUCGUUGAUAUUUUGGGGUGAAGAAUGACCGAAUAUAAGCUUGUGGUCGUGGGAGCUGGAGGCGUAGGCAAAAGCGCUCUCACCAUCCAACUCAUCCAGAACCACUUUGUGGACGAAUAUGACCCAACUAUAGAGGACUCGUACAGGAAGCAGGUGGUGAUUGACGGAGAGACGUGUCUACUGGACAUCCUGGACACUGCAGGUCAGGAGGAGUACAGUGCCAUGAGGGACCAGUACAUGAGGACAGGAGAGGGCUUCCUCUGUGUCUUUGCCAUCAAUAACACCAAGUCCUUCGAGGACAUUCACCACUACAGGGAGCAGAUAAAGCGAGUAAAGGACUCCGAGGACGUCCCCAUGGUUCUGGUGGGGAAUAAGUGUGAUCUUCAGUCCCACAAUGUGGACUCCAAGCAGGCUCAGGAUUUAGCACGCAGCUACGGCAUCCCAUUUAUAGAGACCUCAGCAAAGACAAGACAGGGUGUGGACGACGCGUUUUAUACUUUAGUCCGAGAAAUCCGGAAACACAAGGAGAAGAUGAGCAAGGAGGGCAAAAAGAAAAAGAAGAAAUCCAAAACAAAAUGUGCAUUAAUGUGAACAAGUCUUUCCUGUCAUUACGGACUCAAAAGUACCACAACUGCAUUUUGUACAUUUACACUAAAUUAUUCGCCUCUUCAGAAUACAGAAUGGAUCCCUGUUCUACUUGCUUUCUUAAAAGAAAAUAAGCUUUACUCGUUCGGUGCCAGUUGCCCCAAAGUGUUGGUCCGUUGACGCCUUGUUUUAUGGCUUAUGUUAGCAGACGGGCUGUCAGAACUGGGUAUAUUUUGCAGUUGGUUUGAGUAGUUUUAGCAGAUUUCUAAAGAGAAGUGUGGAUUUAAAAUGGUGUGCAGAGAUUAGCUGUUAGACUGCAUGCGAGUCACUUGAUUUUUGAUGGAAUUGAAACUUUGAGGAACUAUGAUUGUUAUUUUGUUUUUAAUGGACCAACACUUCUUUUGGGGAGAUGAUUUGAUACAUUAUCACUGUGUAUGACCCUGCCUUUGGUUGUCCCAGACUUCCAAAAACGACAUGCAUGUGAACUUCCAUUGUAGUCGGAUUAACAUGCCCUCUCUAUAAAGCCAUGGUAGUGUGUGUGUGUGUGUGUGUGUGUAUAUAUGGUGAAAUCUUAACCACGUUAACAUUAUUUCCCCGUUUGCAUGCUUUAUGUUCUUUAAACUUCCAGGGAACGGUCAUGUCUUGAAUACUGUUUAAUAGCCACUGUUGUGUCGUUGGUCCAGACAGGCGGUAUUGUUUAAACAUGGCUUUUUUUUCUUUUGAUUUAAAUUUAUGAAGGUUGUUUGGAAGCUCAUUUCCACCACUGUAUUAUUCCUACUUAUAAAAACAAAUUACAAUUCUGAAUAUUUUGCAAUUGCGAGGACGAGUCUCAUGUUAAUAUUUGUAAUGGAGUUGCAAAGUCUGUUAACCUUCUCCCUCAACUGCGUCCGUGCAUCACAAUUACGAGUCACAACUCUGUAGUUAAAAGGUUAGGAUUGCAAGAAGUAAACUACUGUGAGUUGCAUCAAAGUCCUUUUAAUGGGAUGGUUCACCCGAAAAAUGAACAUGCAUUCAUUACUUAGGCUGCAUUUACACUGCACUGUUCAAGUGACUCAAUUCCUGAAUUUUAAUUUAUUUUUUCUCCCAUGUGGCACAGAUCGGAUAUGGCUCAUGUACAUAGAAGCAGGAACAAAUCACAUGGAUUCCAAUUUACUCAAUUCAGAUUCAGGCCUUGUUCAUAUGUGGAAAUUUAUCCGAUAUAAAUCGGAUCGGUGUUCUUGUGUCUGCAUUGUAAGCAGGUAGAUCAGAUUUUCACCUGUCAAUGCCAAAGCGAAUGACGUCAAGUCUGACACUUAAAUUUCAUAACAGACUUCAGCAGAGUCCCAAACCUUAAAUGUCAUACACAAGGACUCAAACAGCUUUUAUACUGUCAUAUAGCACAGGUAUUUAAGCAUGUUAACGAGAGCAAAAUGUCUGGCACGUAACCAAUAUAAACUAAUAUAAAACUAGUGCAUAGCUACAUCACGUGCAUAAAUCACCGCAUGGACAUUAGGUAGCCUAAAGGUUUAAAAAAGCCAAUAUAAUCAAAAGAAGAUAGACAAAUAAAAACCUUUGUCAUAAAACAGCUUGUCAAAAGCUGCGAACAGAUUAAAUACAGGAAUAGAGAAAAGAGCGCUCUAUUAUUAUCAGCUGUUAGUCAGCGCCCACUCUUAUUUUUUUUCCUGGUCAUUGUGCCUUUGACGUGCACUGUGUAAAUUCAAACGAUCGGAUACGAGUCACUUUUAUAAGAUGCAAGCAGGUCAUCAAAAAACGAUCCUACGAUCAGAUACAGUCACAAAAUCGGAAUUGACCAUCAAGAUCUGCAGUGUAAAUGCAGCCUUACACUCACUCAAGUGCUUUCAAGCCAUUAUGGGGUUCUUUCUUUCGUUGAACACUAAGUUACUUUGAAAAAAGUUAGAGACCUGUAACCAUUGACUUCCACAGUACUUGUUUAACAGGAAAGAAACUCAAACAGGUUUAUAACAGACAAGUAAAUGAUUUUCAUUUUUGGGGUAACCAUCUCUUGAAGGCAAGUCCUUUCACUCUGUGGCCAUCUUUGAAACUCCUUUAAUGCUGUGUUCACACCAGAUGCUGAACAUUAAGUUUACUUUUCAUUUGCACAUCAAAUUCGCUUCAUUCGAGCAUCAAAUUCAUUUCACGAUAAACGAUUUGCUUCUGUCUGCCUGGUGACUUUAGUUUCAUUGCUAACAUGGAUUUUAUUGAGGGAGUAGCUGUGUUUGUGCUUUAGGAAGGCUGAAAACAGCGUGUAUUCAUUUGGCACUAUUUGGAGAUGCACUUAGCUUUCAUAAACUCCUCCAGAAACUAUACCUGGAUGGAGGCUUUCAGCAGUGCUUCCCACUGUGCCCAGCCCAGUUUAAUGAACUGUUGUCCGGUGUCACCGGUAUUUCCUCUCGGGACACCAACAAGAAGCACUACUUCUGAUUGGUUAAUGCAAAUGUGAAUGUCAGCUGAAGUUCAGAGUUUCCAACUCUAGUGAUUUACAUGAUAUGCAAAUAAAUAUCCUGCAGCGCAAAAUGAUCUACUCAUGCCGCUUCAUUCCUGCAAAUUUCAUCAUUCGUGCUGCCUCGUUCUCGUGUAUUGCGUCGUAGGAUGUCUAUUCGCUUAUUUGCAUUGACUUAAUGUAAAUCACUCAUGGUAGACGCUUCAUCUGUGUCUGGUGUGAACGCAGCAUUAGUCAUGCAAGUAUUUUAUCCCACUGAAUGGGGAAACAUCAGAUUCUCUGGAACAGUUUGCCAAGCUCCGAUUUAAAUUUCAUAUUUGGAAUCAUCAAUGACAUUUAACACAAACUCUCUUGUAAUUUUAGCUUGUAAACAUUGUAAAACAAAAAGUGUUUUUUCCUCAUUCCUUCGCUAAUGCGCAAUGCCAAUUCGUAACUAUGAUUUAGUGGCUAAUUCAUAUGAAUUUGUAUGACCUUAUUCAUACAUUUUAGUACUAUUUACUCAUCCUCCAAUGAUGGGUGGGGUUUGGUGUCAUGCCUCUUUAAAUAUCAUACAUUUUUCGUAAAACUGCACUAUUCAUACGAAUUAGCCACUAAACUGACAAAACAUAAAAUAGUUAUGUCUCCUCAUGCAAUCAGGCUGGCAUGCGCAACCGAACGGAACAAAUUCACAACACCACCCUCCUUUUAUGGCCAUUUCUGAAGGACGUAAUCAGACGUAAUCCUUUCAAUCAAACCAUGUUACUUCCAUUAGAGUCAACAUCUUGCAUCUUACACUCCAUCCUCUAAAUCAUGCCGUGUCUGUUUGCGCUGGUCUUCUGAAGUCAUUUCCAACUUAUUUCUGACUGCAAAUCUCCCAAAAUCAUGGCAAUCUCUUUGUUUACAAAUUUUGUGAGCGUUCAAGUGGUUGCUGUCAUGUGAUUUUGCAUUUGAAUGGUUGAGGCAGGAAAGAUGACUGUUUAUAAGGCAAGAUUCUAGUGUUCGCUGACUCCAGUGGAUUCAAAAUGAAGCUGCAGAAACUGUCGUGAAAACAUGUCUGGACUGUCUAUAGCAUGGGUCUCAAACUCAAUUCCUAGGGGGCCACAGCUCUUAAUGGCUGCGUCCAAAGUCGCAUACUUCCAUACUAUAUAGUAAGCUUAAAACAGUACGUGAGCAUAAUAGUAAAUUCGGAUUCAAAAAUCAGUAUGUGAGAAGUGAUAACCUACUACCAGGUGAUGACCCACCACUUCCGGCGAGAUUUUGAAGUGAGCGUCGAAUGCACGCUACGCUAUUCCAUGAUGCACUGAGAAGUGGAAGUGAAGCGACGCAACUGAAGCUGCGGUCACACUGCACUUUUCUCCACACGCACACGAACGCGUCAGACCACAAACGCACGCUCUAGCAACAAGUUUCGCAAUUCGCUGCGUUGGAAAGUUCAAGUUUGGCGAAAUCGCAUCACAUGAUUGCGUGAUAGCAAUUAAAGAUCAAAACAUGACCACUGGACAGGAUUUUAAACCAGACCAAUCGCUUGCUUUUUUAAUGUCUAAUAAUUUAAUCCCGCCCCUUCUCGCAGUGACGUAUGACAGAAUUUCGCAAGUUCAAACUCUAGUGUGACCGCAGCUUCACGCAGGUAGAUCAUGCCAAAAUGGCGGAUGUAGUACAUCUGAAUUCCAUUCAUGCUACUCUUAUUCAUACUGUAUAGAAUGUACUUUUCUAACGGCCGAGUAGUACAUUUUAAUUUCAAAUGCAGUACCUACUGAGCAGUAGGCGUUUUCGGACGCAGCCUUGGUGUUCGAAAGAGUCUCGAACACCUUCAUUAGUUGGAUCAAAACUGUGCAGAGCUGCGGCCCUCCAGGAAUUGAGUUUGAGACCCAUACUCUAUAGCAGUGGUGUCCAAGUUCAGUCCUGGGAGGCCGGUGUCCUGGAGAGUUUAGUUCCAACCCCAAUCAAACACACCCGAACCAGCUAAUUAGGCUCUUACUGGAUGUUCUAGAAACUUCCUGGCAGGUGUGUUGAAGCAAGCUGGAGCUAAACUUAGCAGGACACCGGCCCUCCAGGACUAAGUUUAGACACCCCUGCUCUAUAGUGUUUCAUUGGCUCUUUUACUAGAAGGCGGGGCUUCCUUCACUGGAGUGUCCAUGUUGACUGUUGCAUUUUUUUCUUAUUUUAAACUAUACAACUGACACGUCUUUUGGUUGCAUCUUGCAUUUCUGAGAGGGGGAAAAACUAUUUAUGAAUGUAAACCUGGAAUAGACGCAAAGAAGACAAUUGAGACUUCCGAGGAAUGCGUAAAAUCUGAAUCGUGAGAAUUUGUAGUUUAUUUAUUUUUUGUUGCUAUUCUGUAUUGGAAUAGCAGCUAUGUUUCAUUUCUUUCCUUUUGUAAUGAGAUUUUCACCUCUUGGUUGGUUAAGAGAGCAUUUGACAUAACACCUCUGGCUAAAAACAACAGUAAUUUUAACGUUGAGAUACUGUACAAAAAAAGUGAUUAGGAUCGAAGCACAAAAACACAUUUGUAUUCAGAGAAAAGUCAUACUAAAAGAUAAAGCUGCUGUUGAUCAGUCAGAAUCAAGUAUUUAGGAAAGCGUUAAAUAUGAUUCCAUUUUGGAAGGAUCUACACUAGUUAAAGCCUCACUUCUGCUUUCAGAGGUGUGAAUUUUUACCCUCUUGUGCUCAGCCAAACAGCGCCUUAGAAGUCUGAAUAAACACUUUGAUUUAUUUUUUUUGCUAAAUUUUGAUUCACGAGUAUAGCCUACCAUUGUGAUUUUAAAAUGUAUGUUAAUGGAAUAAAACAAAUGCCUUGUUCCUGCUGCCAUCACCUAUCAAGUCAUUACUCCACCAGUUUGAUGUCCAACAGAGCUUUCCUUUUGAACAUUUGAAUUCCCAAGAGGCUGUCGGAGUCUAGUAUACUAUGGUAAAACGGGGCAAGAACUAGCUUUCAGUUCUGGAGGGCAAAUUUUCAGCCAUCACUCAAACCAAAGAGAGUGAUGUAAAGAUUUUUAUUUUGCGUGGCAAUACUUGUGAUGUCAUGAGAUGAUGUCAUGUGUGCAACAAGCAGUACGUUGCUUUAAAACUCCUUCGGUGAGUGGUUUUACCAUGGUAGUUUUGUUUUCUGAUAAUUACUUGCAUGCAAUUUGACUAAUACUGAGGAUCUACAUGCAAAAUAAAUCAGGAUGUCCGCUCUUAUGCAAAGUAUUUGUUGUGUGAUUUCUGUUCCCUUUAAAUCAAGCAGUCUGUAAUGGAAGUAGCAAAGUCACUAGGUUUUUUUUUUUUACUUGUUUCUGAAAUGUUUUCUGUUUGUGUGCCAAAUGCAAAUGUUGAUAAAACGGUUCACGUGUAUAUGGACCUUGGUUUAACAACCUUUGCAUGGAUGUGAUGAUAAAGAUGAAUAUUUUGUAAAUUGUGCUUUUGGUUUAAUGAACUGAUCGACGCUUAAUUGAAAUUAAGGGUCACAUGUUAACGUCUAUGAGAAAUUGCUGAUCUGAGGUCAUCUUUCGCCUUUCAUGUGUUGGUAAAUGUGAUUUUAUUAGAAUUGAAAAAUAAAGCUGUUCUCAGAUCUGCACGGUUUUAUAAAUGCAACCCAGUCUUGUUUUUCCCCAUUAAUCUCACCAGUCUUAUUUAAUGUGUAAUUAAAAGAAGAACUUAAAACCCAA